AUAAUCUCCUAAAACAUGCUUUUCCUUUUACUCCAUAAAAAAAUAGAAAGCAAAGAGCAAGAACACCCACACAAUAUCUGCGGACGAUUCUAUGAUUUCUUGGUGAAGUUAUUAGCCACACAAGCUUUGAAGAAAGUAGCUCUUGGCGAUCCAUCAACGCUUGGUACAGUCGAACGAAAAGAGCAAAAUUCUGAUAUUGCCUCUAAUAUGGUAUGCGAUGUUGGCAAAAACAUUGAAAAAAAUGAAGUGUUAUCAGUCGAUGGAGAACAACUAGAGUUACGUGUACCAAAAGAAAAGGCUCCAAGGAAAAUUGUGAGCAUAAAAGAAGAAGUUGAUAAGAUACCAAUAAGUUCAAAGAGAAUCAAGAGGAAGACAUCGAAAGGAAGUUUUGGUCCCUUUGAGCAUGAAGUUAUGCCUAUAAAACCAUUGAAAUCAAUUCUGAGAAAAAAUUCCGGAGUAAGCAACAAUCUGUGAUCACCUAUUCGAUAUGUAGUAAAACAUAAUAUGUAGAUAAGUGCGUAGGAAUAAUCAUUAGUCUUCACUGAUAUGUAAAUAAAAUACA